AUGAUUGUUGCUGCCGCGCCCAGACUGAGCUCGCAGCCUCGCGCGGCAUGCGCCGCCGCCCCGCUCGGUUCUCUGUAUUGCUGUGAUGGCAGCGGUUGCAAGUUGCGAGCCUCCAGUACAAGGUUACAACUACCAGCCCCCGAGGAACAACCUCCGAGCAAUAACUACUUACCGCCUGCCUCAUACAGCCCGAGUUACACAAACACCGCACCCAGCCACUCGCAUACCGGUCCCAGUUAUCAUAACACCGGUUCUAACUACCAUAACACCGGUUCCGGUUAUGGCGGUACCGGUUCUGGACAUUCAGGUGGUGGUCAUCACGACCAUCACGGUCAUGGGAAUGAUAACGAAGUGGUAAAGAAUUUGUGA